GCCAGGGGAUUCUGAUGGCUUCAAUGAAGUCAGAGCAUACAGACAACAGCAGAAUAAUACAGCAGCAUGUUGUGUGCUCACAGCAAGGACACUGCAUUCUGUGUGCAAGGACAUAUUGCUGAUGUUUGUUAAUGGACGCCAUCAACAUCCAUCACUUGCCUGCUCCAGCUAUCUAACAUAAGGAACUCUGUUUACAUUGACGUGAGUUGUAAGCAGGAUCACCCUGAAUCCAUUGAUAAACAGCUCACAGUCUUGCGGCACACAAGUAAUUGAACAAGACUUGUACUUUUACUGAAAAUAAUGCUUUGAUGAGUUUCCUCGGAGAGCAAUUCCAGCAUACACAUAAAACACAAAGAAACAUUAGCCACCAGAACCUGGAUCCACUGCAUGAAAUAAUGUCUGCAUUCCUAAGGUAUUUGUAAUGUUGGGAUUUUGAUAAAGCGCAGAAAAAGCAAAGACAUAUUAAUGCAACUUCAAUUCUGUUAAGAAACAAAAAACAAGCAAACAUUGAAGGAGAAAACGUGCACAGCCCUCAGCAUGAGUUCUGACAAUGAAGUAAACUUAGCAAACCGUGUGGUAAAUGGAGUAUCACCUGGCUGCAACAUGCAGGAAAAAGCAGCAGAUGGGUCUCCAGUGAGUUUUCGCUCACUCUCAUCUAUUCAGAUCAUUCCAGUGAAGGCAGUACAAAGUUUUCCUGAUCUUGUGCCAGUUCCAGAUGUGGAUCCAGCAAAAGUAUGCACAGGAAAGGGAGCUGUGACACUCCGAGCAUCCACACCUCAGGGGGAAGUGCAGAAAAGCAGAUCUACCCUAGAUAUUGAGCUGAUACCUUGCGACUUGUCAGCAGAAGGAGAGGCAGAUGACAGACCUCCUUCAGUAGCUGAAUCUAAUGGGGAUUCUAAUCACUCUUCUCUGGCUGCCAAAGGAUUCCGGAGUGUCCGCCCUAAUCUUCCUCCUGAAGGCAAAAUUCAGAAAGCGGUCCCUCCUCCGGUUCCCCCUCCUCCUAAAGAGGAGAGCUUUGCAUGGCGCCCACAUACUAACACCAAACUGUCUUAUUUGAAACCAGUGCCCAUCCUGGAUGGGCUUUACCUAAGUGCUCCAAAGCCUUACACAUCGCAUGUUGCUAGCACCCCACGCUACUCUACCAUGUGUACUUCCACUGUAACCCAGGGCAUCUCUGGCGAUCACUCGCCCAUCCUCGUCUCUCCCAUUCACUCUGAAUCAGAGCAUGCUGAUAGUUCUUUGCAAUCCAGCACAUCACCUAAACACCAGACUAGUGAGUCUAGCAGUGCUGAAAGAAGUGUUGCUGGAAUGAAUUUGAGUCAUGAGCCCAAAGCCGAUAAAAAGGUCAGCAGUCUAUAUGUAGCUUGUUUAUCUAACAACACUGGCUCAGCUGCAUCUGAAAAUCCCACCGGCGCUGCACAUGAUAAAACCGAGGGUGCUGAAUUGGGAGCUGAUGUAACUAAAUCACCAGCCACAAACAUUGUUCCUUCAAUAAUAGACACCGGAAAAUCCCCACCUCCCAUCCCUCCAAGGCCAUUCUUUGACCCUGUCCCAAGUAAAGAUUCUAUUAGCUGCAGUGAAAUAGAUACUUUCUGGAGUCAAUGCCCUCUACAUCAAGAUAUGGGACGUACAGAGCCAGAUACACAGCAUCCUGCUGGCCGAGUCAACAUGACUGCAAAGGAACCCUUCUUUCCAUCAAAGCAAAAACAAGCCCCCAGGGCACAGAGAUUCCGUGGCAUGGAUGCCACUUCAGACACAGCUCAUCCUGAGGUUAUAGUAGUCCCACUCAUCCAGGUUAAAGUUGAAAGAGAGCAAGAAGGCACUUCGAGCACUCCACCGCCACCUCUUGUACCUGCUGGCAAACUCUCAGCCUCCCCAGAACUUGUCACCUCUAACUUGGCUUUUCCGACACUUGAUGAUUUUAUUCCCCCUCAUCUGCAAAAGGGAUCACACCAUAGACCCAACUCUCCCAAUUAUUAUAUUUCAAACAAUCUACCACCUUGCUCUCCACCACCUUCACUGGUGCCAGCGGACGACUCGCUCAGAGUCUCGAACCUUGAUAGCUGUGACGCCAUCUUACCCACAGAGCCAGUGGUCGACGAGGUUCUAGCCCCCAUUGUAAGCAAUGAUAAACCUUACUCGUUUGUACCAACAAGCAAACACUCUGUGUACCCAUCCACUACCACAGUAAAUCCUACCAUAGUACUUUUGCAGCAUAAUCGAGAGCAGCAAAAACGUCUUAGUAGCUUGCCAGAUCCUGGGCUGGAUGGCUCUACCAAUGGGAAAACAGAGCCAGUAAUUGUGCCGGAGAGAAAGCGUCCGGAAACUAAUCCCCCUGUGCAGAAAGCAGCCAUGGAAAAUACAAAAAGAGAAAGUCGUUCUUCUUUUCAUCACACAGGAGAGAUGUCAGCGGAAGACAUAGGCAUUCCUCUCCGGAACACAGAGAGAUCAAAGGACUGGUACAAGACCAUGUUCAAGCAGAUCCACAAGUUAAACAGAGACUCUACUGAAGAAAACCCUUAUACCCCAACAUAUGCAUUUCCUGAGCUACCUGAGGUCAAGCCUAAAACAGAAGAAUUCAAUCCUUACACUCCCACCUACCAGUUUCCUGUCUCUACUCCUAGCCCUUGCUCCGAAGAUGAUGAUUCAGAUUCUUAUCCAAAUUAUGGGCGACAUUCAUAUAUAGAAGAUGAUGGAAAAUCACAGCCCUCUGUGCCACGUUCCAGGAGUGAGAUGGAUCAUAUUGACAUGGAGAAUAGUGUCCGCAGGUCUGUCACCUUACCUCUCCCAACCCGCUCCUCCUCCCUUAAACCAAGCCAUGAAAGGAAUGAUUGGGAUCCCCCAGACAAGAAGGUUGACACCAGAAAAUACCGUGCGGAGCCAAGGAGCAUUCAUGAGUACCAGCCUGGGAAAUCCUCAGCACUCGUCAAUGAGAAGAUGACUCGGGAUAAAAGCCCAGAAGAGAUAGAUUUAAAGAAUGAGCCUUGGUAUAAAUUCUUUUCCGAGUUGGAAUUUGGGAAACCGCCUCCAAAAAAGAUAUGGGAUUAUACUCCGGGGGAUUGCUCUAUCCUCAAAGUAGAGGAUAGGAAGACUGAGCUAGAGAAAGACCUCUAUCAGUACGAGUCUGAGUUAGAGGCAGAUUUAGAGAAAAUGGACAAGUGUUAUAAAGCCUCUGAUAAAAGGACUGCAGCCGUGAGCCGCCCAGACGAUCUUCCAUCUUACACUUAUGCACCUAGUUACCAUUACAGCCGAGAGAUAGAGACUUCCCCAGAGCCCCCACUGAACGAGAACGAGAGGCAGGUCUACAAGAAUGUGUUAGAAGGAGGAGACAUCCCAUUUCAGGGACUGAGCAGCAUGAACAGACGUCCAUCCAGCUCUGCUUCCAAUAAAGAUUCUGAAUCUCCAAGACAUUUUACACCUCUUGACUACAUGGAUCAUCCAGAAGAAUUAGUGCGUCGACGUUAUGACAGCAAAGAGAAACUUUUAGAGGAUCAGCGGAGACUUAAACGUGAGCAAGAGGAAGCUGAUAUUGCUGCUAGGAGGCACACUGGGACUGUCCCAUCACACCACCAGUUUAUCACUAAUGAGCGGUUUGGAGACCUCCUCAAUAUAGACGAUGCAUCAAAGAGGAGAUCUCGGUCUGAGAUGACACAAGCCAGAGCAAAGUUUGAUUUCAAAGCACAGUCUCCAAAGGAGUUGCCACUCCAGAAAGGAGAUAUCGUUUACAUUUACAAGCAAAUAGAUCAGAAUUGGUUUGAAGGAGAACACCAUGGAAGGAUGGGAAUCUUUCCUAUUUCAUAUAUUGAGAUGAUACCACAAACUGAGAAAGUAGCACAGCCACGGAAGGCUUCGCCAGUGCAAGUUUUAGAGUAUGGAGAUUCUAUUGCCAAGUUUAACUUUAAUGGGGAUACAGCUGUGGAAAUGUCUUUUAAGAAGGGUGAAAGGGUAACGUUGAUACGCAGAGUGGAUGAGAACUGGUAUGAAGGGAAGAUAUCAGGUACCGGUCGCCAAGGUAUAUUUCCAGUAACCUAUGUAGAUGUGCUUAAGAGGCCGCGCGUCAAGAACGCACCAGAUUACAUGGAUCUGCCAUUAACAUAUUCACCAAACAGAAGCACAAGUGCAUCCCCACAGUCUUCUGGUUAUGCCAGGCCUCGUACCACCACUCCACCCCAUGUUGCUCGCAGAGCUUUUUCUCCAGAAGUGCAGGCUAUUACAUCUGAAUGGAUUACUCUUACAAUGGGUGUCUCCCGUAGUCAUGGAUACUCUGCAACCCCUCCUCUCCCCCCUCUACCUGAAGCCACCCUGUGCUCCAUAGAUUAUAUAACCCCAUCUGCAGCUGCAAGCCCUACUUUCUCCUUAACCCCUUCUGUAAGCCUGCACUAUGGCAAUCACUCUGGUAGAUCCACCCCAAACUCUGUCAUGUCUUCUGCACCAACAUACUCCUCCCGGCCACAGUCUUCUAAUAGAAUCAGUUAUGUAAUUUCUCCAUAUGGUGAUGAGAAGUUCAUGGGUUCCCCUUCCAGUUAUGGAGGCUCUCCAGUGCAGACACAAAGACCACAUGAUUUCCUAAUCUCAGAACUCAAUGAUGUUUUACGUAAUCAGUGCAAAGCCAAGAGUGAUGGCAGCUCCAUAUUUAAUGGUGAGAAUGACUAUUGGAAGCAACCUGGUCCUAAAACUGUAGACAACAAGUCAAGUAUAAACCUUUGUAAAGAACUAAACUCUAAGAUACAUACUGAUCCCUAUGAGGAGAAGCAGUUGUGUAAAGAACUCCUUAGCUUUGUCAGUAAUAACCAAGAUGAUGGAAAGAAAGCUCAGGGCAGUCCUAUUAAGAUCACAGACACAAUCCCACUUUCUUCGUCCGCAUUGUCCUCUUGUCCUGUCACAAAACAGCCACCUCCCAGAAUUAGAGGCAGGGUCAGUGUGUCACAGCCUUGCAGAUCUGAUGGUGAACAAACACUGACAUCUAAAAGUCCAGUAAUGCUUACAGACUCCCCGGUUAAUACCCUGAAAUCAAAUUCUGUCGUGCAGCCCCAGCAUACACUGAGCACAGGACCAGAGCUCACAGAGUCUGAAAAGAGCUAUGUGCAACCUCAAGCACAACAAAGAAGAGAAAGCAUUGAGAGGAGUCAGACGCCACAAGACAUGUUUGGCUUUCAGGCAUUGUACAGCUACUUGCCACAAAAUGAAGAUGAGCUGGAGCUCAGAGAAGGAGAUGUUGUUGAUGUCAUGGAGAAAUGCGAUGAUGGGUGGUUUGUUGGUACAUCGAGAAGAACAAAACUGUUUGGCACGUUCCCUGGCAAUUAUGUCAAGCCAUUGUAUUAUUAAAGACGAUACAGCACGCAGCUACAGAAUUAUUAAGCUAUACUUAUAAAGAAUCCAGGCUUAUGGUAUUAUGCUAUGUGAAGGCAUUUGCUGAAUGUAUCCAUUAAGGUUCUACACAAACAAGGUUUACAUGUGUCAGUACUGUGUUCAACUCUAUAUUUCUAAUAUGAGACAGUGAAGAGUUAUUCCACCUAGUCAGUCUGUUGUUACUAAGUUGCCUUAAUGUUCUGUUAUUUUAAUGAGGAUCCUAUCCUUUUCAUACUUAUGUUUUAAAGUAUACCUGUCUCCUGCAAACAGAGAUGCCAUUUCGUGAGCUGAAAUGUUACCUAAAUUAUAAGGAAUUAAAGGUGGGAAGCCUGUCCCUGUUGAGUUGAGAGUUGAUCAAUGCUUGGUCACCCUAGUGUCCAUUGCCAUUACGAGGCAAAGUCCUCCAACAAUGCCCUUCAGAGGCAGCAUGGGGCAGGCUUCUCACCUGACCUCCUGAUCCCUAAACUGGUCCAUGUUGAUGUGCACAUUGAGAAAUGCAGUAACAUAAAAUCUUCUUCAUAAUCCCCUUGUCACCAUUGUCCAUAAUAGCUGCUACAGUACAAUUGUGAUAAGAACAGCUUCUGGCCUCUCCACGCUCUUUGGUUGCCUUCAAUUUAUGCAUAAAGAAAGUAUACCAUUAAAGGUGUGGUUAUGGUCACAUUUAGAGAUAACAUGUUUUAAAAAAUGUAUUGUCACGUUUUUAUGCUUUAAAUUACAUCACAAAAUAACAUAUUUUUCUAGUGAUAUAACAGUAUCACAUAUAACAAUAUGUGUCCAUCAGUUUAUAAAGAUCUGGAAUGUUUUUCCAGAGAUUGAUUUUGACAUUCAUUUCAGAGGCCUGCAAGGUAUGAAAUGACAAUUAUCCCAUCAUUGCAUAACAGUGUAGGCAUAUGUACAGUCAUCAUUUUUAUAUGCAUAGAAGUAUACUGUGAUUGAGAUAAAGAAGUAAAGAAUCUGACUAAGCAAGAGCUGUUAUUUUCUCUGCUGCUAUAUUUAUUCUCUUGCCUGGCUUAAGAGGUUUUACAACUGAAAAUGCCAUACAAUACAGAGACAGGAUUUAAAAAAUGUGUAUAGGAGGCAUAUGAUAAUUUCCAAAAGGAAUUACAAUUGUUCACUCUAUAAAUGGAUAACUGUAGUUGGAUAUAUAAGGUUUAAAGGAUGCCCAUAGAUGGGAAGUAACUGUGGCCGAGUAGGCUAUUUUACAUACAUGUGCAUGUUUAAACCUUACACAGAUGUGUUUACAAGUUGCAUUCCAAUGAACUUUGUAAUUUGGCUGUUUGGUAUGGGUUCCAACGGUCUGGGGUCUAGGCCAAGCAGCUUCCCAUGACAAGGUUUUGCCAGCUUUGACUAAAGAGUAUAUCUUUAAAAAUGGAUAGUCAAGAAUUUAGAUCUCCAUUCUGACCACUUCAUCAGUGGGCUGUUCUGUGAUCUUCUCUGUGACUUGGUGCCCCUAGUAUGGUACUUUGUAGGGCAUGCAUUGUAAAAAGGCUUAAGUAUGCUCAUUUCAUGCCUAUGGAACAGUUGCCACAUUUUUUAUUUAUUCAUUCAGGUUUCAGCCAACCUGAAGUUUGCACAGAUUUUAUACACAUACCUAUGUACAGUCACUUAAAAGUAAUCCUUAGCAGCCAAUCAUGUUUCAUUUGAGAGCUGUCAUGGAGGUGAAUUCUGCAUGGUCUCUCUGUUUUUGGCCAUUGCCUGUCACCUUUUUAAUAAGAGCUGGCUGGAGUAUAGACGUAAAGUAGACCAAUUACUUCAUCCAGGAAAGGCAGGUUAGUAUUCAAAAUGAUUUAGUAGUAUAUGAAGAGAUAAUCGUGACUUAAAUAUGCUCAGUAGACUUUCAGUAGAUGGCCAAAAGAAAAAAAAUUAAACUACAUAUGUAGCUAGACAGCAUUGUAUUUGACCUGAAUGUAUCUUCAUAUUUUACCUUUUUAAAGUGCAGACGGCUAUUCUGGGAGGAAAAUUAGGGUUUACAUUUUCCCAUGGACAUUGGUGUAAUUUUGCCAGUCUGAGGUAUCAUUUAUAACCUAUUAUAAUUUUUACAAAAUGGCCCCUCCUGUGUUUAGGUAGCAGGUAUGCUUUCACUGUCUGUGUUUCAAGAUGAGGUAUGUUAAUCAGACUUAAAGGGGUUUUCCAGAGUAAUUGGAUUACCAAAAAAAAAAACUUAAAAUAUACCAAUUUUGAAUGUAUGUUUUCCUGCCUUUACAUCUUUUUUGUUUACAAACUUUUAUUUGGUAUAAAGUUGGUGGUACAUUCCUGCCUUUACAUCUUCUACCAUUAGGGGUACUUGAUGCUUUCUACCAUUGCGGAGUGGUUGCUACUGUACAUUUUUUCCUGAGGUUAAGUCUUUUCCCCUAAGACACAAUCCUGGGGUGACCAGCAGGCAGAGAAAAGAUAGGCAGGGGUAGCCUGCACACAAAUAUAUGUAUGUAAGCCUUCCAGGUGCACUACAUAGUGACAUCUUUUGAGGACAUUCUGGCAAAUCUGUGGACAUUGCUCAAAAGUAGGGAUGAGCUAAAACACACUUGGAGCCUAGUCCAAACCCACCUGCGCGAACCUGCCAGGUGGCGGUCACUGCACUGGGCCAAUAAUAAGUGGCCAAAGCAUCCCCCCACCCUACAGCCGCACAUAUGCACGCCCCUUUAGACGUGCAGCUGUUGGUCGGGAAAUGUCUUGGGUGCUUAUGAUUGGUCCAUUGAAGGGACAGUGCAUGAGAUUGCUCAGGUGGGUUUGGAAUAGGACCCAAACACACCUUUGUGCAUCCUUAUUCAAAGGCAACAGGCCACAUAGUAUAUUCUAAGGUUACACGUUAUUAAAUCUUGCUGAAAAUCCGGAAAACCCCUUUUAAUUUAGUGAACUGAAACAUACCUCAUCUUUUUUACUAUGGUUUAAGUCCAAAUGAAAAAAAAAAUGUUAACCUCUGCUUUCACGAAACUACCACAUACUGUACACACCUAUAAAAUGUUUCUAAAAAAUAUACUGUAAGUUUGCAUCUUGCAGUUCAAAAAAAAAUACAGAUCUAGAAUGUUCUUUUGUCAUAAGAUAUAUUUAAUAAUGUAAGAUGACUAUUUUUUUGCUGGCGCUUUUUUUACCAAUUUAUUAAUUACAGCUGUGAUAGCAUGACUAGCAAUAUGUUUUGAUAAGUAUAGAUAAAAAAAACUCUAUAUAUAUAUAUAUAUAUAUUACCUGUGUUCCUAGUACUAAAGAGUAUUUUUUUUUGCCAUGAACUGUACUUAAGUACAUUCAACAAAAGAUUUAUAAGAGGUUAUUGACUGUAAAUAUGUAUAUUUGACUUUGUAAAGAACAUGUAUGUUACCUUGUAUAAAGAGAAAAAAAUAAUUUAAGUGAAUUGACUGAAAAGGAAAAACAUUUUGGAGACAGGGAAAGAUUUUUUUUUUUUUUUUUUUAGUAUACCGGCAAUUUAAAUGAAGGAGGUUCGGUAUAGCUUCACAGGAAGUGUUUAGCACAAGAUAUCUAUGUCACAUUUAACAGAAUCACACUGUCCACCUUAUAAAGAAAGAAAGAAAGACAUAACAUAUGCAUUGUUUAUUACUAUUUAACCCAGCAGGUGCGUUCAUGACACAGUAUUUAGAACUAUGUUAAGAAUUGGAAAGUACACUAACAAUACAUUAGGAAUUGUCUAUUUGACUAUUUAGUCAAGCACACAUACAACAAUAAUGGAUGACCACUUUUCUCCUCACUUUAACAUAGUUGUGUUGUUUUCUUAUUGCAGUGCAUUAUAUUUUGAAUCAUAAUAAAAAGGAAGCAUUCAAUAAA